AUGGUCAAGGAUGUCGACAAGACCAUUGACAAGGAUUUCGACACCGAAGAAAGAAGAUACAAGACAUUGCGGACGGCGGGCCAAAACUUGCAGAAAGCAUCAAAGUCCUACUUGGACUCGUUGAGAGCCGUGACGGCGUCGCAGGUGACAAUUGCCGAGAUUGUUUCGAACUUGUACGAGGAGGCAAAGCAAGGCGGGUCCAUCUACUCUAAUAUCGGUACUUACUAUUUACAGUGUGUCAAGGAUUUCGACGAGGAAACAGUGAAACAGGUGGACGGACCAUUCCGGGAGACGAUUUUGGACCCUGUGACAAAGUUUGCAAACUACUUUGGCGAAAUUGACGAGGCGAUCAAGAAGAGAGCGCACAAGAAAACUGAUUACGACCAAUGCAAGGCCAAAGUGAGGCGUUUAAUUGACAAGCCGGCCAAGGACGCAGGCAAAUUGCCACGUGCCGAGAAAGAGUUGGCCAUUUCCAAAGAGAUUUUCGAAGAGUUGAACCAGCAGUUGAAAACAGAGUUGCCGCAGCUCAUCAGUUUGAGAGUGCCCUUUUACGAUCCGUCGUUUGAGAGUUUGGUCAAGAUCCAGUUGAAGUUUUGUACCGAGGGCUACUCCCGCUUGGCGCAGUUACAACAGUACUUGGAUCAGCAAAGCAGAGACGACUAUGCCAACGGAGUUUUGGAUGCUCGUAUCGACGAUUUGCUUGUUCAAAUGGGAAGUUUGAGCAUCACCAGUUUGGGAGCCAAGUAG